CGAACGUAUCACUUUGGCGACAUGGAUUUGAAAUCAAAACACAUUCUGCACAGUGGAUUGUUUCACCCUACGUUGAGAUUUUGGCAGUCAUCGAAUGCGGAAAUUACAACGAAACAUAUAAUGCUUCCGAUUUUUAUUUUAGAUGAACCUAAUGAAGUUACUGACAUACAAAGUAUGCCAGGUAUUAAGAGAUAUGGAAUUAAUAAAUUAAACGACUUUCUAACGCCAUUGAUAGGAAAAGGAUUAAAAUCUGUUUUGUUAUUUGGUGUAGCGGACAAUAUAACUAAAGAUGAAAAUGGAAGUGGCGCGGAUCAAUCAAAUAAUCCAAUUGUUAAGGCAUUGCCCUUAUUAAGAUUGUGGUUUCCCGAUUUAAUAAUAGCUUGCGACGUAUGUUUAUGUUCGUAUACUAAUCACGGGCAUUGUGGAAUUUUAAAUAAGGAUGGCACAAUCGACGAUAAAGCCAGUAUUAGGCGUAUUGCAAAUAUCGCCGUCGCUUAUGCAAAAGCUGGAGCUCACGUUGUUGCACCAUCCGAUAUGAUGGAUGGCAGGAUAGGAGCCAUAAAGGCUGAUCUAGCCGCUGCUGGAUUAUCUAAUAAAGUGGCCGUUUUAUCGUAUGCUGUAAAAUUUGCCUCCAAUUUUUACGGUCCAUUUAGAGAUGCUUCGAAAUCAGCGCCAAAAUUUGGUGACAGACAAUGCUAUCAAUUGCCUACGACUAGCAGUGGUCUAGCAGCCAGAGCAGCCGCUAGGGAUAUCGACGAGGGAGCCGAUAUGCUAAUGGUAAAGCCCGGUAUCGCAUAUUUGGAUAUCGUUAGACAAACAAAGGCUGCUCAUCCAGAGUAUCCAAUAUUUAUCUAUCAAGUGUCCGGAGAAUAUGCUAUGUUGUACCACAGUGCUAAAAGUGGUGCUAUUAAUUUAGAAUCCGUGCUGAAAGAAGUUCUUCUGUGCAUGAGGAGGGCCGCUCUAUUACUGAUAGGGCUAGUUGCUUUUACCGUGGCUUACGAGGCCAAGACUAAGGAUAAGGAAGACAUUGGAACCGUUAUUGGUAUCGACUUGGGAACGACGUAUUCAUGCGUCGGUGUAUACAAGAAUGGCCGCGUGGAAAUUAUCGCCAACGACCAGGGUAACCGUAUCACUCCGUCGUACGUAGCCUUCACGUCCGAUGGCGAACGCUUGAUAGGCGACGCUGCCAAAAAUCAAUUGACCACCAAUCCAGAGAACACCGUCUUUGACGCCAAACGUCUCAUUGGUCGCGAAUGGACGGACAAGACUGUGCAGCACGAUGUGAAAUUCUUCCCCUUCAAAGUCGUAGAGAAAAAUAGUAAGCCACACAUCAAGGUGGAGACUACCCAAGGAGAGAAGAUCUUCGCCCCCGAAGAAAUCUCAGCCAUGGUUUUGGGCAAAAUGAAGGAAACCGCAGAGGCUUACUUAGGCAAGAAAGUCACACACGCCGUCGUUACUGUGCCCGCUUACUUCAAUGACGCACAAAGACAGGCGACCAAAGACGCUGGCACCAUAUCCGGCCUACAAGUCAUGAGAAUUAUCAACGAACCCACUGCCGCUGCUAUUGCUUACGGCUUGGAUAAAAAAGAUGGGGAGAAAAACAUUUUGGUAUUCGAUUUGGGCGGCGGCACUUUCGACGUCAGUCUCCUCACCAUCGAUAAUGGAGUGUUCGAAGUGGUAGCCACCAACGGUGACACUCACUUGGGUGGAGAGGACUUUGAUCAACGUGUCAUGGACCACUUCAUCAAACUGUACAAGAAAAAGAAGGGCAAGGAUAUUCGUAAGGACAAUAGGUCCGUUCAGAAAUUGCGUCGUGAAGUCGAAAAGGCAAAGAGAGCGCUGAGUGCAAGCCAUCAGGUGAGGAUCGAGAUCGAAUCGUUCUUCGAAAAUGUCGACUUCUCCGAGACGUUGACUCGGGCGAAAUUCGAAGAGCUGAACUUGGACCUCUUCCGUAGCACCAUGAAGCCCGUGCAGAAGGUCCUCGAAGACGCCGACAUGAGCAAGAAGGACGUCGACGAGAUCGUUCUCGUCGGUGGCUCCACGAGAAUUCCCAAGGUCCAGCAUCUCGUAAAAGAAUUCUUCAACGGCAAAGAGCCAUCCCGGGGUAUCAACCCCGACGAGGCUGUCGCUUAUGGAGCGGCCGUCCAGGCCGGAGUCCUCUCUGGCGAACAGGACACCGACGCGAUUGUCCUGCUCGACGUAAAUCCACUGACCAUGGGUAUCGAGACCGUCGGCGGCGUCAUGACCAAACUCAUUCCAAGAAAUACCGUAAUCCCCACCAAGAAAUCCCAGAUCUUCUCCACGGCCUCCGACAAUCAGCACACCGUGACCAUCCAAGUUUACGAGGGCGAGCGUCCCAUGACCAAAGACAACCAUCUCCUCGGCAAGUUCGACCUAACGGGCAUCCCACCAGCGCCCCGUGGCAUCCCCCAAAUCGAGGUGACGUUCGAGAUCGACGCUAACGGUAUCCUCCAAGUGUCGGCCGAGGACAAGGGCACCGGAAACCGCGAGAAGAUCGUCAUUACCAACGAUCAGAACAGAUUGACGCCAGACGACAUUGACAGAAUGAUCAAGGACGCGGAGAAGUUCGCCGACGACGACAAGAAGCUCAAGGAGCGCGUCGAGGCCCGCAACGAGCUCGAGUCCUAUGCCUACUCGCUCAAGAACCAGCUGCAAGACAAGGAGAAGCUUGGCUCGAAGAUCAGCGAGGCGGAAAAGGCGAAAAUGGAGGAGGCCAUCGACGAGAAAAUCAAGUGGCUCGAGGAGAAUCCCGAUACAAAUCCCGAAGAGUACAAAACACAAAAGAAAUUAUUGUCCGACAUUGUUCAGCCAAUCAUUGCCAAACUGUACCAAGCCGGUGGCGGUGUACCGCCCACAGGUGACGAAUCCGGGGACGACUUCAAGGACGAAUUAUAAUCUAAGGCCGACCUUUAAAGAGCUUUAAAGGAAUUUACAAAUUUAGACUGACGAAACAUCCGUUGUCCUUUAGACAAAUGCUUUAGAGACUAAUGUUGCGCGCGCGCGUAUAUGUGUGUAUGUGUGGUUUGCUCGGACUGGAGGGC